UAAUCCUCACCGUUUUCAUUAGCAGCUACAUACCGUUCGCCGCAACCACGAGCGUCGCAAUACGCAUUGUUUAAUCACGAGUAUAGUUUGGUGCAAUGUCGACAGUGUCUACCUCUAGUAACAGACCGUACCACAUAAUCGUUUUCGGGGCUACUGGCUUCACCGGGCAAUUUGUCGUAGAGGAGGUUGCUCGGACAUGUUGCGAGGGUCCAGGAGGAACAUUAAAAUGGGCUGUUGCUGGGCGAAGCCGUCAACGACUUGAGAAAGUUCUGCUGCAGACAGCCGAGACACUCAGUAAACCACAGUUGAAGUCUGUGGAAAUUAUCGUGGCAGAUGUGGCUGAGCCAGAAUCGUUGGCCAUCAUGUGCAAACAAGGAGUUAUUGUGCUCAACUGUGUUGGGCCAUACAGGUUUUAUGGCGAGCCCGUGGUUAAAGCCUGCAUUGAGAAUGGAGCCCACUACAUUGACAUAUGUGGAGAGCCACAGUUUUUAGAAGGAAUGCAGUUGAGUUAUCACAGCAAAGCCCAGGAGAAUGGAGUCUAUAUCAUUGGAAGCUGUGGUUUUGACUCAAUACCUGCCGACAUGGGGAUCCUCUACACCAGAGACCAAUUCAAAGGAGCACUCACAGCCGUGGAGAGCUUUUUAACUGUAAGCACUGGACCUGAGGGAGGCUGCGGCCAUGAUGCCACGUGGCAGUCUGCCAUCUACGGCUUUGCAGACAGUUCUCGACUGAGAAGUUUGAGGAAGAAAUUUGGCCACAAACCUCUCCCUGUAGUUGGAUCUCGGUUAAAAAAAAGAGGCCCUCUUUUCUUCAGUAACGAGAUAGAGCAGUAUGCAGUUCCGUUCAUGGGUUCAGAUGCGUCAGUGGUGCGGAGGACUCAGCGCUAUCUCUAUGAGGAGCAUGAACAGAGCCCUAUUCAAUACGCAGCGUACACAGGAGUCGGUGGCGUUUGCUCUGUUGUGAAAAUGCUUUUCGCAGGCAUGAUGUUCUGGCUCCUGGUCAAAUUUAGCAUUGGCAGAAGCCUGUUAGUUCAGUUUCCAGAGUUGUUUUCCUUUGGAUUGUUCUCCAAGAAUGGCCCGUCCAAGAAGCAGAAGAUCAUUCUAAGCCUAACCACGAUGUCUUCCCAGAUGGAGGAAACCUCUUUCUGCAUGACAUUCUUUGGAGAAGGCUACGCAGAAGGUCAGGACCCCUCGCUGGGCAAACCCAAUGCCAGGAUCACCACCCAAAUUAAAGGAGCAGAGCCGGGCUAUGUUGCCACCCCAAUUGCCAUGGUGCAGGCAGCUAUUACAGUGCUGAAUGAGCCGCAGUCUCUCCCCAAGAUGGGUGGUGUAUACACUCCAGGGGCAGCAUUUGCCAAAACGACCUUAAUCAACAGGCUCAGCAAACAUGGCAUUCAUUUUUCAGUGAAGAACGCCCAGCAAACAUGAAUGGAUGACUCCUGACAAUCUGACCACUUUUAUUUAUCUUCUACAGACCUCGGAAAGCAUAACCAGCCAUGCAAAUAGCACCGCUUUCUCCUAUAGACCUACUGUUUAAAAAAACAGGUUUUAGCACAUAUUUAUGGUAGAGAUUUUGAUAGUUAUUUUUAAAGAUAGAUACAUAUUAUAUGUUAUAUUUAUGAUCUGCAAAAGGAAGUUAAGAAGUUAGGAGGAUAAAAAUAUUUAUGUGAAAUAUCUUAAAUUCUGUUGAAGACAUUCAAACACAAUUUACAAUUCAGAGUGUGAAAAUAUUUUAAAAUGAUAAAUCUCUCAUUUUUACUGACACAACUGUGAAAUAUUUCGUACUCAUCAUGUACCAGUCAUUGAUACUUUUAGUAUUUGUCAUGUAUUAUUUCAUUGUAUGUAGAUACAAGGGCUGUGACAG